CGAAUCUUAAGUUAUGCACCAAUAAACUGAAACACCCUGUAUAUCAACGACCUCUUUUCCUGUAAGAUCAAUCCAAUCCACAGCUUUGCCGAUGACAGCACUCUACAUGCAGGAAUUCAGAGUGACAAGCCGAUCUCGUCCGGUGAGAUGGAGAAAUUUUUAAAUUUAAUCAACUUGAACACGCAGUGUGUCCGAAAUUCUUUAAUACGUCAGUGUCAUUGUGACUGGGGUGAAUAAAAUUUUAGGGUAAUUUGUCACACAAUGUCUAUAUUGAGAACACUAUUGCGACAUGCAUUUCAAAGCAGAUAUUUUUCAAUCGCGGAAUUUAAGCGUGCACAAAAUAAAGCCGACAAAGGCAGAGACGAGAAACAGAAAGACGGCAAAAAACAGUCACCUAAGAUGAAAACGUUCAAGAUUUACAGGUUUGAUCCUGAAGGAAAUAAUAAAAAACCAAAAAUGCAAUCGUACACGGUUGACAUCAAUGAUUGCCGUCCAAUGGUUUUAGACGCGUUAAUGAAGAUCAAAAUGGAGCAAGAUUCUACAUUAGCUUUUAGAAAAUCGUGUAGAGAAGGUAUUUGUGGUUCUUGUGGUGUUAAUAUAGAUGGAAUUAACAGAUUGGCAUGCCUUCACAAAAUUCGGCCACGUGGCACUACGAAGAUAUAUCCGCUUCCGCAUAUGUACGUCAUUAAAGACCUCAUCGUGGACAUGAACAAGUUUCUGGCGCAGCACAACAGGAUAAAACCUUAUCCUAUUCCGAAGGAACUUUGCGUAAAAAGCGAAGGCGACCAACAGUUUUUGCAGAGCAUCAAGGACAGAGAAAAGAUGGAUGGCCUAGUAGAGUGCAUUUUGUGCGCGUGUUGUUCAACUUCUUGUCCCGAAUACUGGUGGCACGGCCACACGAAGCCCCCGAACGAUUUUUUAGGGCCAGCGGCAUUACUGAACGCUUACCGAUGGAUCGUGGACACUCGAGAUGGCGCCACUCACGAGAGGUUGAGUGAACUUCGUAAUUAUUACAAUGUGUAUAGAUGCCACCAAAUAAACAACUGCACCAGCGUUUGCCCCAAGAAAUCGGCGCUCCCGAAACGCUCGUGUAGGAGCCACGCGAAGACUGAAAAACAAUUGCAACAUUGCAUACCUACCAGGCUACAGACGUUUUUCUAGGAUUUCAAGUUGGCCGUGGCCCGAACUGAGUUCUGAGAAGUCUUCCACACCUGUUUGUAUAAGCGAGGGCAAUUUCGAUUAUUUUAAUUAUUAAUGGCUGUGAUAUGAGAGAGACUGGAACCUGGUAGGGCGAUUUCUCAACUACGAUUGUACCUAUCCAAGUUCAAGAAGAAACCUAAGCCUGACAUGGUUGGCAAAGCGCCGUCUGAUCCUUAUAAAGCAUGUCCAAAGGAUGAGUGUGAAUAAAGCAAUGCAGUAUUAUAUUCUUUCUUGGUUUAUAACAUCAAAUAUUAAUUUUUCUCAAUUCGAAAAUGACUGGCCGUGUUACUUUGCUUAUUGUGUUUCUGUUAU